GUGAAUCAGUCGAGCGCCAGUCGAGCGCAGGCGGCCGACGCGUACGGAACGCGAGCGUGACGUGAAGUGUGAACGGACCGCGAUGGCGCGAUGAGGGCCUGCGGGACGGCGGCGUGGUGCUGGGGCUUGGUCACCGUCGUCGCCUGCGGUCUGGCCGCGCCGCGCCGCCUCUACUGCGAGCGAGCCGACGUCGCCUGGAGGGCCUACCGGGCCCCCGCGGCCUUCGAGGCCCGCGUGCAGUCCCUCGCUCCGGACGCAGCCACCGUGCAGGUGCGCCGUGUCCUCCGCCGCCAGGGACACUGGCCGCGGGAGGACUCCGUCAUCAGGCUCAAGCUGCCCCCCCAGGAACCCCUAGAGUGCACCGGACGUUUCGAAGUGCCCUUACAGAACCGCCGCGACUACAUCGUCUUCGCUGAACGGAGAGGCCACGCCGCGGUCGCGCUCGGACCGCCCUUGCGGAAGAAGAAGAAUCUGCUCCGGCGCAUCCGAGCCGUCUACAAGCCGGGCUACAGCAGUCCAGCGCGAGUGAGCGAGAUGACGUCAGUACGGACGACGCGAGGCGCGCGCGUGCGCCUUGAGUGCAAGGCGAGCGCGCGGCCGCCCCCGCGCAUUGCGUGGUAUAAGGACGGGAAGCCCGUCGCAGAGAUUGCGUUGAGGCGAUUCCGGGUGCAGAAAUUCAGGAGGCGCUCGGUGUUAGUAAUAAGGCACGCGCGGUACGAAGACUCCGCGACGUACGAGUGUAGAGCGCAGGGAGCCGUCGGGCCUCCGGCCACGGCCUCUGCCAACGUCAGCGUAAUGACGCCAAGCACGUCACCGCCUGACACAUCGUCGGUGGGUGCGCCCUGUCCGAUGCCGGACCCCUCUUCGUACUGCCUCAACGGAGGCACGUGUUUAUAUUUUGAACCAGUACGGGAGCAGGCUUGCAAGUGUCCAGAAGGCUUCAACGGACAAAGAUGCGAGAACAAGGACGUAUCAAAUAGAAGCAGUAUGUAUCACCACCCCUAUACAUGCAAAUUGGGCUUAUCGACGUCCUUCUACUGUUAGCCGGCGGUUGCGCCGGCGCAGAACCCACCUUGUUCCAAUUUUGAAUUUAAAUUUUAGCUCGCGCGUUCCGUUGUACUACACCCUUCGUAAAAACAAAUGAAAAAUAUGGAGUUCCUAUUUUGAAUUAAGAAAACGGUUUUUAUGCAUACAGCAAUGUCUAUUAUUCUAAAAGCUGGAAGUAUUUUACGUUAGUUCUGGACGUAUGCAAAAAGACAGAUCAUAGCAAUCAACCAACAUUACACUGACACGAGUGUUAUUUUAUAAGCUAAUAAAAGUAGAUUAAAUUACUGUAACCAAUAACAUUUUUAUGGGUUAAUUCCAUCGGUUAUUAUUACGUUAUUCCAGCGUAGUUUAAUAGAGAUUGGUGUAUCAUCUAGGGUUGUAGUCCGGAACGCGCAGUCGCUACAAGAAUGGACUGUAAUCCAGUUGGUUUUUGUGUCGAUGUAGCUAGACAUGCCUAUUUUUGUUUGUAGUUAAGGGUCAGCUGUUUAAUGGCUAUUGUAAAUACACUUUUUUCCGAAUCUCAGUCUCAUCUACGUUUGGAUGAGGAUUUGUGAAGAUUCCAUUUUUUAUUAGUUGCAUUAGUUGUAGUCUUGCCGUUUAGCUAAGUCAGUUUCUGAGAUUUUCCUCGACUCUACCAUAGAAAUUGAGUAUUGCUCAAGGCAGUUUUGAAGGAGGAAGGUGGAAAUACCUUGCAAUAGAUAUCGAAAACGACUUUUUAGCAGUUUAAGAAUGAAAAGCUUUUCAAACAACAAAAGAAUACUACCAAGUAGACUCUAUACGAAUCUAACGCAAGCAAUAAUAGUAAACCUAAGUAAUCUUAAUGGUCAAAACCAAGUCAAAAUUGAGACGAGUCGAACAAAGACAUAAUAAAAAAUUAAAUAUGGAGUUACAAAGUAUAAGAGUGUAUAAAAUAGUUUAACCGUCAGAAUUCUAAUUCUAAUUUGCACAAACACCCACGUAGACGAACUUCUACACGAUUUGUAGGUGGUAUACCUAGGUAAAAGGGCGUGGCCAAUUGUACCACCUCUUCAAAUCCCUCCCAGUAGGUAUAUAGUAAAUUCAUAGUCAUAAGUCACUUACUAAAGUUACUAAGUAUUUAAACUGAAAAUUUAUGAAACUGCACUUAGCUAAACGGCAAGAAGAGCUAUAGUAGAUAUAGCUUCAACUUCCAGUUAUAGGUAAAUGGCUGGCCCAGUGAGAUUAUAACUUUUAAGCAUUUUAUUUUCUAAUUUAUGUUCCGACAUUUAUUAAUAUUUAAUAAAAGAACUGAACGUCAUUCGAGUUUAGAUUAACGAGUUUCCGAAAUAAUAGUAGGCUAAUGUAGUUAUGAAUGCUUUGAGAUGCAACCGAAAAUUUUUUUAAUUUGCUUUUCGUUUAAACUUUAAACAAAUCUGAACCCCUCAUAGUAAAAGCUUUUAAUUUUCCUUCUAUUGAAGUUGUAAAUAUUUUACACAUAUUUGUAUUAUUACGAUUUAUUUCAUUGUUAUUAUUAAUUUAUGUUAAGGUUUGGUAACUCGUAGCUGUAACGUCCUGAAAUGAGACUAGCAAGUUAUGUACAUAUCUAUUAGUUUAAGGCAGUUUUUAUAAAACAAAUUAUACAUCAUAGUAAAAAUUAUAUUACGUUCUGCUCGCUGUACUUAUUUGGUUGUUCUCUUAUUUUUUAUUUAUCAAUGCAUUAGACAGAUUUAUUAUAUUUUUAUUCACUUAGGUAUCUUUUUAGUUUUUAUUUUAUCUUCAGUAGAGCGAGUAAGACAACUACAUCACAAAUCAAUUCUGAAUGGUGAAAUAUUUCAUUCAUUUCGUUAGAUACCUAGUCAGAGAUCAGUUUUAAUACUAUAGCUAGGUUAGCCUAGAUUGAAUUUUAUGUAUAAUUUUUGAGUGUCAAUUGGAAGUAUGGUUGGGGAUGUAGUGAAAUAUUUUUUUUUAGUAUAUUUCUUGAUUUUUUCAAACAUAUUACGAUUUUAAAUCCGUUUUUGGGACCGAAUACUCACUCAGUAGGCAGUUUAAAUCUUAAUUUUAAAGUUUUCAUUUUGUAUAAAGUUUUCUAUUAAUUUUUAAGUUCACUAUUUAUAUGUAAUUAAAUCAGAAGGGAAUUAUUUAUUUUUAAUACAUAUCGAUGGUUACAUGCUUGAGGCUAGUGGCAUCAUUGAAAUAUUACAAUAAAAAAGAGAUUAUAAUAAAAUAAUUUUGAAAAAGAUUAAUACAAGCUAA